GCCAAGCACAACCUUAAAAACGAUAUCCUCUCGCGUUGCUUCGAAGCUCAACUCGUUCAAAGCCCAAGAGAAUUUCAACACACAAACACAGGGAGAGAAAGCAGAGCAGAGAUGGGGUCUGCUCGCAAGGAUGACAGGGAGGAAGUCAUACAGGCAUGGUACAUGGAUGAUAGUGAUGAAGAUCAGAGACUCCCCCAUCACCGGGAUCCAAAGGAAUUUGUGUCACUGGACAAACUUGAUGAACUUGGAGUACUCAGCUGGCGAUUAGAUGCUGAUAACUAUGAAACUGAUGAGGAGUUGAAGAAAAUCCGUGAAGCCCGUGGAUAUUCCUACAUGGACUUCUGUGAGGUUUGCCCAGAAAAGCUGCCCAACUAUGAAGAGAAGAUCAAAAACUUUUACGAGGAACACCUUCAUACUGAUGAGGAGAUUCGUUAUUGUGUUGCAGGAAGUGGUUAUUUUGAUGUACGCGACCAUAAUGAUGCUUGGAUCCGCGUCUGGGUGAAAAAAGGUGCAAUGAUUGUCCUACCUGCUGGAAUUUAUCACCGCUUUACACUCGAUGCAAACAACUACAUUAAGGCAAUGCGGCUCUUUAUUGGCGAUCCGGUUUGGACUCCGUAUAAUCGUCCUCAUGAUCAUCUACCUGCCAGGAAAGAAUAUAUUGAAUCAUUUGGACAGAAUGGUGCUGCUCAUCAUGCCGUUGAUUAAGCUUUCCAAAAACUGCUGUGGCUGUGAUAAUGUAUAUUGGCUCUAAGGAUUGGUGUGCUUUUAUUACUUUCUUGUGUUUACCAUCCUCUAGUACAAAUCCCCCAUAAAUAAAAGAGUUGACUUUUCCUAUGGUAUGACUCUAUCGAUGGUAUUCUUAUUUUUUAGAUCAUGUACUUGCUAAAUGAAAUAUAUGUGAUUUAUGGAUGGAUAAUUGGCGCAGCCUCUGGUU